CUAAAUCACAUCACACUUCUUCUUUACACUACAAAUGGAUCGUGUUGCAAAAUUGGCAUCACAGAAGGCAGUGGUGAUCUUCAGCAAGAGCUCGUGCGGGAUGUGCCACGCAAUAAAACGACUUUUCUACGAGCUUGGGGUGGCUCCGGCAAUAUACGAGGUGGACGAGGUUUCAAGAGGGAAGGAAAUAGAGUGGUGUCUGAUGAAACUAGGUUGUAACCCUUCUGUUCCUGCAGUCUUCAUCGGAGGCAAGUUCGUGGGUGCUGCUAACACAGUCAUGACCCUUCACCUCAAUGGCUCACUAAAGAAAAUGCUGAGAGAUGCUGGAGCAUUGUGGCUCUAGAAAAACUAACUGUUACAUGCAUGCAUGCAUGCAAAGCAAAUAGCAAUGUAUUAUAAUAUACCAUAUCGUGGUAGCUUUUUGGGGGUGCCAAAGAUAUUUGCAUGUCCUUCUUUUUUAUCUUUGAGAAAAAGAUAAAGUUAUUAAGUGCUAAACAUUCUGCAUAAAUCACUUUCUUUUUAGAAUAUACCUACUUAACCGGAUAAUUCUAAUACUCAUUAUCUCAGUCAUGUCAUUUCCUCUAUCAGGGUGAAAUUUUGAGGGAAGUAAAAUCAAAUACUGUCUCCUAAACUUGCAAAGUCCAUGCCAAUCUUACUCUUCUUUUAGAUAAAGGUAACUGCAAAACUAUUUAUAUGCAAUUUUAAAU